GCUGUUGCCCCUCCGUAAAAAGGGUCUUUUCCCCCAACCGUCGGCGGCAGCGAUGCUUUUGUAGAAGCUGAUCUCCCAAAUUCACGUCCAUCAACACCGGAAUGCUCGCCACUGUAGUAAAGGCCGACCCGGCGCCGGUGGGCGACAUUAGGCUUCAAGAGACGUCUCUAUACACACAUCCCCGCCUCUGCGCCAGCGUCGAUCCGAUCAAAGGCCGUCUAUUUCGAGCAUCGUCACCGAUUUCCAAGGGUUCAAUUGUCCUGGUUGACCGAUCAUACUCCACGAUACCGUCUGCCGAUCCGCACAACCCAGAUGCACUUGUCUGCAGCAAUGCGACGUGCUCUCGACGCAUAACCAAGACCCAGGCAGCUGUUGUACAAUGCGCCAACUUGUGCUUUGAGCAUGUCGCGUGGUGCAACACCGUGUGCCAGUCGGCGGAUGCUCAGCGCCAUGACCUAGAGUGCCAAUGGCUGAGAACGCAUAGCAAAAAGCUACGAAGCGAAGAGGGCGACUACGAGUUUAUAACGAUAUGGCACAUUGUGCGCAUUCUUGCGACAAGAUGCUUGGACGUCAUUGCUGGCCAGCUCGAAGACUGGGACGCCGUCGACCAGUGCUGUGCAUACCUCGACUCGUGGCCAGAGGGGCAAGUUAUACUCUGGAAGCGCUUAGUAGCUCAGUACUUGAACAAGGAUGCACUGGAUUGUACAUUGACGCCAGAGGAGGUGCUAUCGCUACUUGUCAAGGAGGAGACCAACACGUUUAGCUUGUAUCCGUCCAUGACAGGACCACUGGAAGCAGGCGAAAACAGACCAUUGCGCGGAACGCCAUACGGUAUCGGCAUAUUUCCGAGAGCGGCAAGAUUUAACCACUCUUGCACUCCAAAUGUGUCCCACAAGCCCGAUCUGCACAACCGGAUGGUUUUUACGGCGGCAAGGGAUAUAGCAACCGGCGAAGAAUGUUUUAUUACGUAUUUCGAUCUCGUUGGGAAACAGACCGUUACAGAGCGACAGAAUUGGACAAGGGAUAACUUUCGGUUUGCGUGCACAUGCUCGCGAUGCGAAGAGGAGCUGGCUGUUGAAAAUAUGAGUCGUCUGGACGCGCUGCCUUUUGGAGACUUUUAAACGUGCAUUUUUUUGGAGUUUUUUUUGGGGAGGCAUAUUAUAUAGCAUUUACUUGGAGUUUAAUUGGGAACCUUUUUUUUU